AUGAACAUUUCAUUUUCUGCUGUUUGUUCCGCAUGGAGAAAUAUCAUCAAAUCAUCAUCAAUUUUUACAUCUCCUAAAAUAACUGAAUUAUAUUUAUAUUCAACAAAUUUCAAACCAUCCAUUCCAUCCAUUCCAAAUACAACACUAACAUCAUUGAAUAUUGGAAACCUCAGUAGCAAAGGAAUGAAUUUAAUAAUGAAUGGAGGAUUAACACAACUUGCUCCAUCUGAACAAGUGUUUGUUGAUAGAAUUGUUGGACAUGUAAUUUCUUACAAUUUAGAAAUACUAUGGAUCAAUGAGAGCCAAUUACUGAAACUGUUAAUAACCAAAUGUGGUAUUGAUUUAGAUGGUGUAAAACAUAUUUCCAAAUUGUUGUUUGUGAAACAUUUGAAUAUUGCUCAUGGCUUGUUCGGAUCUGAAGGAGCAAAAUAUGGAAUGCAAAAUCUUACAGAUUUGAACAUUUUAUACUGCAAGAUUGGAAAUGAUGGCCUCAAAUAG